GUGAGGUUAAGUUAGUGUAUUGUUUACAUUUGCAAGUGCACGUUGCAUCAUUAUGCCUUUUGACCAAAAUAAGAGGGCCUUAACCAGCUUCGAGCUAGAAGAAUUAGAUCUUAAUCUGGACCUAGACCAAUCAGAUAUCGGCGAUUUAUCGUCGGAGAGUGGGGAUGAAGUAGAUGUGGACUUGGAUUUGGUUAAUAUUAACCUUGAUCAUCAGAAUGGAUUAGAAAGUAUAGAGGAUAUGGAGAUGGCAGAAAAUAUGAGUGAUUCUUCGGAUGACGAGCCUCUUGCUUAUUAUUUACCAGGCUAUGAAAAAACUUGGGGGGAAUUUGAACCAUUCCAGUUUAACUUUAAAAACGAGAACAUUUCCACUCAAUUAAAUCAACCAAGUAUGUACCUAAGAAAAUACAUUUCUGAUACUUUCUUUGAACAAAUGGCACUUUUCACAAAUAUGCGUGAGGUUAUUGAGACAGGCCGUUCCCUUGAAACUUCUGAAUAUGAAUUGCGAAAAUUUUUUGGAGCUUCCAUGUUGAUUGGAAUUUAUGGUCUACCGAGAAUAAGGAUGUACUGAGCGCGAAGUACAAGAGUACCCAUUGUUUCA